AUGACGUCGGGCUCAUCAGAAUCGAUAUCGCAGGGGAGUGAAAAGGACGGCAUCAGGGCUCUCCACGGAGACAACGUUUCUCGUGGCGCGGAGGGAACAAGACCACAGGAGCGCGUUGUGAGAAGCAUCAGCGCGGAAGGCGAGUACGUGACAAUCGGCGACCAGACUUUCAGAAGAAGCGAAUUUGUGAAUAUUUUCGCCAGUGAUUUGGACGAGGAAACCUAUAGGAGGCGACCAAAGUCGAAGAAGCUCGCCAAUCCGAUUCCGCUGGGGUUAGCCUCUUUCUCGUUCUGUUGCCUGACGCUGUCGUUGUGCAAUGCGAGGGUGCGCGGAGUUACAAAUAACAACCUUCUGAUUUCUGCCUUUAUGUUUUUCGGUGGGGCCAUUGAGUUGUUUGCUGGGUUGCUGUGUUUCUGCACGGGGGACACCUAUGCGAUGACUGUUUUCAGUUCGUUUGGCGGCUUCUGGAUCUGCUGGGGCUGUAUCAAUAUAGAGCAAUUCGGGGUUGCCAGAGCGUAUGCCGAUGACCCGGAAAUGUUGAGUAGCAUACAAGGAUUUUUCCUUGCUGGGUGGACGGUGUUUACUUUUCUUGUUAUGAUCUGUUCGAUGAAGAGCACCUGGGGAUUGUUUUUGCUGCUGUUCUUCCUAGAUUUGACAUUUUUAAUGUUAUGCAUCGGCACUUUCAUCUCCAACGUGAAUGUUCUUAUGGCAGGUGGUUAUUUUGGUAUAUUGAGUAGUUGCUGCGGUUGGUAUUCGUUGUAUUGUGCUAUCGCUAGUCCUAGUAACUCCUAUGUUCCAUUAGUUGCAUACCCGAUGCCUGAUGCAGGUCUGGUGUAG